AUGCUGAAAGUGUUGCUGUUCCACUCAACACUUGACUUGAUGCUGUCGUGGAUGUACUUUGGUAGCGAGGACGACCGAAGUGUCGAAGAAAGUGACGCUGUAGACGAACCCGAGCCUAAUGCUGAUCUGCUGUCGGAGUUAGUUGCGGCGAUCGUGCUACUUGUAGUUGAGCUCCCAACAGCAACCCCAGAGUUUGACAGAGUGGUCUGCGAUUGGGAAGUGAUCAGGCUAAUAAAAGACGAGCUGCUGCUUGGGUUGGAUGGAGAGCUGGACAAUGAUGUGGUUAUUGACCCCGUUUCGCCGGAAAUAACGGUUGUCGACGCCGUGGCAGAGACGGGGGCGGACACAGAGCUCGAACCCGAAGUGGGGAUGAAACCGAGGGGUGUUGAGGUAGAAAUUGUCAUGAACGACGUGUUUGCGGUCUCAGAGGCCUCCGAUGCUGUAGCGCUGGAGCUCUGUGGAGCUGAGGCUGCGGAGCUCGGGCCUUCGGAUGGUGCUGAGGCCGAAUUCGAAGAUACUGAGCUCACCAAUGCGGAGCCUGAUGCGGCUGUGAUUGACGAUCCUUGUACUGUCGCAGGCUGA